CGGAAACCAAGAUUAUGAUUCUGAGCUUUCUUUGCGAUCUCAUAAUUCCUCCACGGAACCAGAUGAUUUAUGUUAGGGUUUGUGGCUCUCGUUUAAAUCUUUUGGUUUCGAUAAUGACUUCUCGGGAUUCUGUUUUUGUCUGAACUACUCUCCUUUUCUCAGAGUGCUUUGUUUCCGUUUCAAUGGGGAAUGCAUGAAUGGAACCGACAUUGGGGUUUAAUUCUAAAUUCUAACUGCAAACAUUUUAGUUCACUUACUUGCUUGCCUACUGUUUCUCGCAGAUCUUCUUUGGUGUUACUGUUGUUUGAGACGGUUCUCUUUUGGAUUUAGUGUAUUUUGUAUGCUCACUCUGUGUUUCGAAUCUUAAGGGAUUUGGAGUCUUCGGUUGCGUGGUUCUUGUUUCUUACCUACUCAUUCCCAAUCUCGUCACCGACGAGAUAGCAUUCCCAUUCAGUGUUCGUUGCUUUUCGAAAUCUCUAAGCAAUCACAUAAAUCUCGCUUUUCGGUUUUUUCUCGAGUUCAAAUUUGAGUCAUCCCAACCAUUUCUUUAUCGUCUCUUUGGAUGCCGAACUUCCUGCAUAUUGAUCUGAGACAUAUUGCUUCAAGAUCUGUACAAUCCAUGGCCGGUUUUAUUUAGCAUUUCCCCCCGAUCGGUCCGGCGGUUUCAUUCUCGCGAUGAAGCGCACGGUCCGUCCGGUGUUCAGCGUGUUGCUGUUCAUCACCUUUGCUGUCACUCUCCUCUGCCGCAUCGUCAUCCGCCGUGCCUUCAGUUCCCUAGAGCUGGAAACUAAUGUAAUCGCUCCGAGACCUCCAGCGCCCGUGUUCAAUUCCACGCUGCUGAAAUUUGCUUCGAUUGAUCUCGGAGAAGCCCACUCGAAGCGUGAGAUAGAGCAAUUAUUGGAGGCGAGCUUCGGUGGUCCGAAGACGUCCAAGACGUACGCUACUUGGCGAAGAUUCAACCACUACGACAGCAAAGCGAGGUCCUCAAAUAGCUUUCCGGUAACUUUCCGCUCACCGGCUUUUUACCGACAUUGGUUGGAUUUCAGGCGGGCGCUGAAUAGCUGGGCGAGAAAGAAACGGAUUCCGACGGAUAUCAUGCCGGAACUGGUAAGACUUAUCAAACACCCACUUGACAGGCACAAUGGGUUUGUGGGUUCCGAUCAGAGGUAUUCAUCAUGUGCCGUCGUGGGAAACAGUGGAAUCUUAUUGAACAGUAAUCACGGUAAGCUAAUUGACAGCCACGAGAUGGUAAUCCGAUUGAAUAAUGCAAAAACAGAUAACUACGAGAGCAAAGUUGGGUCCAAAACCAACAUUUCUUUCAUCAAUAGCAACAUCUUACACCUUUGUGCCAGAAGAGAGAGGUGUUUCUGCCACCCUUAUGGACGAAACGUGCCGACAGUCAUGUACAUUUGUCAACCUGUACAUUUCAUGGAUUACACUGUUUGCAACAAUUCCCACAAAUCUCCGCUGCUGAUUACUGAUCCGAAUUUUGACGCUCUGUGCUCUAGGAUUGUGAAGUAUUACUCUAUGAAACACUUUGUGGAGGUAACAGGGAAGUCGUUGGAAGAGUGGAGCACAGCCCAUGAAGGUCCUUUAUUCCACUAUUCUUCUGGUAUGCAAGCCGUUAUGUUGGCCUUGGGAAUUUGUGAGAGAGUAAGUAUAUUUGGGUUUGGGAAGUCGGCUUCAGCUAAGCAUCAUUAUCAUACAAACCAGAAGGUUGAACUGGGUUUACACGAUUAUGAGGCAGAGUAUGCUUUUUAUUACGAUUUGAUUGCUAGGCCGCAGAGAAUACCUUUCUUGUCGGACAAGUUCGAGCAACUGGUGACUAAAGCAAGAAAGAGCCUUGCAGUACUACCAUAUUUCUGCAUCAGUUGGACAUCUCAAAAGGAACUGACUGAGAGCUUAAUUAUAUUUGCAGGUACAAAAGUUGGUUUUUAUUUUGUUUUAAACUUCUACAAGUUUUGAUCUAAGUAGUGCAAAAAGUUAAGCCAACUAGAUGAUUAAGCUGUAAAACAACAACUGAACAAAAACCCAGAAGAAAAAGACUCCCAAGUAUCAGAAAAGUUACUGAUGUAACAAAAUGAAUAGGAGAAUCUCCAGAAAGUAACCUAGGAAAGCCAUGAAAUAUACUGCCACAGAUUCAUAGAGGAUAUUAUUGAUAGAACCAAAGGAAUCCGCAUGUGGGUAUAACACAGAAAACCAAGAGAUUAACCAAAU